AUGAGCCGACAGAAGUGGUGCUGCUGCUUGCCGCUUUCGUGGUCCGUCUACGCGUCGACGUUCAUCUGCUGGGUGACGCAGCUCGCGCUGUCGAUUCUAUUUAUUACGCAGGGUUCCUACCCGAGCUACGGUACCAUAGGCGUUUGCUGUAUGUUCUUCAUCAUCGCUAUCGUUGGCAUUCUGCGUCAAAAUACCUGCAUGCUGCGUUUUUAUCAGAUUUAUACGACGUUGCUGCUCAUCGGCCUGAUCGGCAUCAUCGGCUGGAUGUGUUACAUCACCGUCCGGGGGGAUGACAAUGUUUUUUAUGAUAACUGCGUCGCUGAUAAGUACUAUGACAAUGGAUGCAAAGGAGACGCCCGGCGCAUCGCCAUCCUGGCCAUCAUCUUCGCGCUGGUCGGGCUGGCCGCGGUGAUGACGGCAUUAAGAAGUGUUCAUACUUAUAUUGACUAUAUUGUUAUGAAGCGGAUGGCGCGGCCGGAUCCCUGUUGCCAAGCCCCGCCCCCAGCCCCACUUCCGCAACCCGGAAUGAACGUCAAUGUGGUGGUGCAACCCCAGACCGGCGGCUAUCCGGUCAGCUAUGUCUAUGCUACACAGCCGGGCGUACAUUAUCAACAACAACCAACCGUCCCACCGGCCUACCAACCGGUCUACCCGACAUAUCCGGCUCAGACUCCUAGCGCCGAGACCUGGGCGACGUUUCUGGGGAAUUCGGUGGAAUAUUUGGUAUUUACGCUGGCUGCAAAUUUGAUGGGUAUCGCCGUGUGCCCGUUGAAUCCUGCGCUGAAGACGUAUGAAAUCCAAAAAUAUGCCCACCAGGCAGGUGUCCAGAGGAUUGUUGUGGAGAAGAGGCAUGAGGAAAAAACGGGCAUGAUUUUAGAAGUGUUUGAACAGAAGGACAUCAUUAACCUAGAAGACCUGAUGCUAGAAGCCGUCUGUGAAGCGGAAGCCCAAAUAUUUUUCUCGUCUGGCACUUCCGGACCUCCAAAGGCGGUGGAGCUGAGCAACAGGUCGCUGAAUGGGCUGGUUGAGCAGAUUAGAGCCACCUCCAACGAGUCCUCCCGCUGGCCCCUAGUCGGCGUAGAUGACGUCGUCCACGGUGUUCUGCCCUUCUUCCACGCUGCGACAAUUGAGGCUUAUAAGGUUACCGUCAUCAACGUCGUACCCCCGGUCCUCUCCUUCCUCGCCACAUCGCCACUUCUCAAAGAAUUCGACCUCGAAUCCCUGCGGAUGAUUUAUGUAGGGGCUGCUCGAGUUGCUCCCGAUUUGAUCGCAAAAACGCGCGACGCCUUCAGCCAGCCCGUUCAGAUCGUGCAGUUAUACGGCAUGACGGAGGCUGGACUACUAAUUUUCAUGACCCCACCCGACAACGAUAGGCUCGAUUCCGUGGGACUACCCCUGCCAGGGGUGGAAUACAAGAUCCUCGACCCAUCCGGAAACACGGUAAAUGUCGACAUUCCGGGCGAGCUAUACCUCCGUACGCCAUGCCUUUUAGCUGGCUACCGUAAUGGGGAAAAGCUGGAUUUCUUGAGCCCGGACGGCUGGUUUCCGAGCGGUGACCUUGCUCGUGUCGACGCCGAUGGUUUCGUCUCCAUUGUAGGCCGCACAAAGGAGAUGAUCAAAGUGCGAGGCUGGCAGGUGUCCCCCUACGAGCUCGAGGAGGCCAUAAAAAGCAAUAUUUUUGGUGUUGAGGACGUGGCCGUGAUAGGUGUGGAAGUUGAGGAAGGGCUAAGAAAAUCUGGAUGCACCACGGCGGCUACCGUACCCCAAUCGAUUGGCCAGCGCCCCUAUGCUUUCGUGGUGGGACCCGAGUGUGAUCCGGAAGCCGUCAACAGAUUUGUGGAAGAAAACUUCGUUUCCUACAAGCACCUGGCUGGGGUCUCGAUUGUUGGCGAGCUACCAAGGACGGCCUCCGGAAAGCUGUGCCGUCACAAAUUGCUAGAAUUUCCACGGACAGUAGGCGAA